CUUCGCCUGCGAAUCUAUCAUCUUCGAUCUUUACAUGUCGGCGCAGCAUAUAUAACAAAGUGCGUUUCUUUUACUAGUCGAGAUCAGACUCACUCGAAUUCUCCAGUAGGGAGUUAGAAGAAAGAAGUUGAGUUACUUUCUUCCAUCUUCUCCGGGAAUAAAAGAAGCUUCUUGUUUUCAUCUGCAAGAAUGGCUACAAAUUCUUCAACUGCGCAAGCUUGUCCAGCUUUUAUGAAAGCAACCUCUAACGGAGUUUUCCAAGGCGAUAACCCUAUAGACUUCGCGUUACCUCUUGCCAUUCUUCAGAUUGUCAUCGUUGUCCUUCUCACUCGUCUCCUUGCUUACCUUCUAAGACCCCUGAGACAACCUCGUGUCAUUGCAGAAGUCAUUGGUGGGAUUAUGCUUGGACCGUCUCUUCUUGGCCGCUCCAAGGGCUUUCUAGACGCUGUGUUCCCAAAGAAAAGCUUGACGGUUCUUGAAACUCUGGCUAACCUCGGUCUUCUCUUCUUCCUUUUCCUUGCCGGUUUAGAGAUUGACACCAAAUCACUUCGUAACACUGGUAAAAAGGCUUUAGGGAUUGCCCUGGCUGGUAUCUCUCUCCCCUUUGCUCUUGGCAUUGGUUCUUCAUUUGUCCUCAGAGCAACAAUCUCCAAAGGAGUAGACAGUGUGGCGUUUCUCAUCUUCAUGGGUGUAGCACUUUCCAUCACUGCCUUCCCUGUGUUGGCACGUAUCUUGGCUGAGCUCAAGCUUCUGACUACUGAGAUAGGACGGCUCGCCAUGUCUGCUGCUGCUGUUAACGACGUGGCAGCUUGGAUCCUCCUUGCUCUAGCCAUUGCUCUCUCAGGAUCCGGCACCUCUCCUCUAGUUUCUCUUUGGGUUUUCCUCGCCGGGUGUGCUUUUGUAGUCAUUGCUAGUUGCAUCAUUCCUCCAGUCUUUAGAUGGAUUGCGAGGAGGUGCCAUGAGGGAGAACCCAUUGAAGAAACCUACAUCUGUGCCACUUUAGCAGUAGUUCUUGUUUGUGGAUUCAUAACUGACGCUAUUGGUAUCCACUCCAUGUUUGGUGCUUUUGUGGUGGGUGUUUUGAUCCCAAAGGAAGGUCCCUUCGCUGGUGCACUCGUUGAGAAGGUGGAGGAUCUUGUCUCCGGUCUCUUCUUACCGCUUUACUUUGUGGCGAGUGGCUUGAAAACUAACGUGGCGACGAUUCAAGGAGCUCAGUCUUGGGGUCUUCUUGUUUUAGUCACCUUCACUGCUUGUUUUGGUAAGAUUGUUGGUACUUUAGGUGUUUCCCUCGCCUUCAAGAUACCUAUGAGAGAAGCUGUAGCUUUAGGGUUCCUCAUGAACACUAAAGGAUUAGUCGAACUCAUCGUCCUCAAUAUCGGAAAAGAUCGAAAGGUUCUGAAUGAUCAGACAUUUGCCAUAAUGGUUCUAAUGGCUCUCUUCACAACUUUCAUCACCACACCAAUCGUGAUGGCAGUUUACAAACCAGCAAGAAGAUCAAAGAAAGAAGGAGAGUACAAACACAGGACGGUAGAACGAGACAACAAAAACACACAGCUCAGAAUCCUCACAUGUUUCCACGGAGCAGGAAGCAUCCCUUCAAUAAUAAACCUCCUCGAAGCAUCAAGAGGCAUAGAGAAAGGCGAAGGACUAUGCGUCUACGCACUACACCUAAGAGAACUCUCAGAGAGAUCUUCAGCCAUUCUAAUGGUCCACAAAGUCCGCAAAAACGGAAUGCCUUUCUGGAACAGAAGUAUGAACAACGCAGAUCAAGUGGUCGUCGCCUUCCAAGCUUUUCAACAACUAAGCAGAGUCAACGUCCGACCAAUGACAGCGAUCUCAUCAAUGUCCGAUAUCCACGAAGACAUCUGCACGACAGCAGCUAGAAAAAGAGCGUCGAUUGUGAUUCUACCGUUCCACAAACACCAACAGCUCGAUGGCUCGUUGGAGACGACGCGUGGUGAUUACCGUUGGGUUAACCGGAGGGUGUUGGUGGAAGCUCCUUGCUCCGUUGGGAUAUUCGUUGACCGUGGACUCGGUGGCUCGAGCCAAGUCUCGGCUCAGGACGUUUCUUACUCAGUUGUGGUUUUGUUCUUCGGUGGUCGCGACGAUCGUGAAGCUUUGGCGUAUGGGUUACGCAUGGCGGAGCAUCCAGGAAUAUCAUUAACCAUUUUCUGGUUCGUGACAUCGCCGGAGAGAGUCGGAGAGAUUACACGUGUCGAGGUUAAUAGCAACAACAACAACGAGAAUGGGAAAAACAUUAAGUCCGAUGAGGAGGUUAUGUCUGAAAUCAGGAAGAAGUCAUCAGUGGAUGAAUCGGUUAAGUUGGUGGAGAAGCGAGUGGAAAACGCUGUCGUGGAUGUUAGAUCGGCGAUUGAGGAGAUGCGGCGGAGUAAUCUGUUCUUGGUUGGUAGAAUGCCAGGUGGAGAGAUCGCAUUGGCGAUUAGGGAGAACAGUGAGUGUGCAGAGCUUGGACCUGUUGGGAGUUUGUUGAUAUCGGCGGAAUCUCCGACAAAAGCAUCGGUUCUGGUGAUUCAGCAGUAUAAUGGCGAUGGGACAGCUCCGGAUUUGGCGUCAGCUGGGUCGGUGUUGGACACGGAUUAGAUAAAUAGUUAAGCGGUUUGGUUCGUUAAAUGUUGGUUAACGGGUACGGUUCUAUCAUGAUAAAUAGUUAAGCAACUUUUCUCACCGUUUCUUCAAUAAUUGGAGUGGGUUUGCCUUUGUUUCUUUCUAGAAUAAAUGGUGGAAUGUUAGUUUCAAAAGCG